CGUUUUGCCUCUGUUAAGAUUUUUGGGCUGGGAAUCCCGGGCAAUCCUCUCCGCUUGCUUCGUGGCGCCGGGAGCUUUUAUUUUUUUGGCGUUUAUUAUUUAUCAUUUUUAUUGUCGAUAUCCUCCCCCAAUCAGAUCUAACUAAAGAGAUCCCGGACACGGUGCCGUCACAGCAGCGAGCAAAAAGGGAGAAUCUCGGAGCUCCCGAGUAGCGAGGUCUCCCCUCGGCCGUCUUAGCCGGGUCGUCUCCCACCCCCCGGGGGAGGGGAGUUCAGGGGUUCCCCCGCUCUUCCCGCCACCUUGUUCGCGUUUCGCUGGCCGGGAGGGAGGAGGGGGCUUCCGCCGCCCCGGGGGCACGGGCCAGCCCUGCCCGCCGCCACCAAGUUCUCCGGGGCCGGGUCGGGCGAGGUGCCAGCAGCCAGCCCAUACCUUGCCGGGUGGGCUCAGCUUCCUUGGCUCCGCCGGGGACACCCCCGCGUCCCUGGGGACGGAAGGGGCAGGAGGAUCCCCGCCGAGCUCCGGGGGCUUCUUCCCCCGAGGAAGAGGGCGAGAGGCUGUACCGGCAGGAGGCGAGGGCUUAACUAUCCUCGGCGUGGAGCAGCAUCCCCAGCGCUGGCAUGUGCUGAUCGCAGGAAUGCGAGGUUUUGGCAGGUGGAUGUAUGACACGGUUAAAAAAUCCAAACCAAACAAGCCAACCAACAGCAACAAAAACCAGAUAAAUAAGAAAAUGAAACGCAAAACCCGUACAACACAAGUUGUAAAAAUCAAUCAGUAACCCAAAGUGUAUGGAAAUCCAGCGUUGGCGUUUUGGAGUUUGCAAGCUUCGGACCUCUGGGACCAGGGAUUCAUUAAAAGAGACUUAGGUUUGCAUCGAGGGGGGAGCAGAAGCUCAUUAAAGCUGACUAGUUGAUGCAAGGAGAGGAAGGAAUCACCGGCGGCUGGAAAUAAAAGGCGACGUUUGUUUUUGCAUCGCCGCUGACUGAGGUGCAGCGCUCCCGGCCGGGGACCAGGGCUCGGCGGGGAGCGGCGGAGCCCUGGCUCCAGCCGGGAAAUCCGUAUGUGCCCUCCGUCCCUCGCCCCCGGGCCGCCUGGGCUGCCAGGCCGCGGCGGGAGGCGGCUCGAACCCGUCCUACGGCCGCUCGCUGGAGGGAGCGAGGCUGCGGGGAGAGCCGCGACGAGGCUGUGCCGGAAUCUCUCCACAGCACACGCCAGCCGGGAAGUACCUCAGCUGUAGGGCAAAAUACAAGGACAUAAGCUACUGACCUCCUUUUAGCAUCAGGAUCAGACGUACUACCCUACUCCUCACCAUCAAUUAAGAGCAAUUGAAAAUCCGCCUCAGAAAAGCUGGUCAACCCGUUCUGUCAGUGGACAUCUUUUGUAAAACACAUUUUAUGUACUUCUGCUGAGAUCUUCUUUUCUACCUACCCACCGCAUGGUUCUAUAUUACUUAUUGGGCACUGAUGGUAGCCUCCAGAAAGUGCAGCUUCAAAUGGUCAGCCUCAUCCUUUAGCAAGAAGAAAACCUGGAUACUGGAUAGCAACAACGUCUUCAGAGAAAAUGGUAUACGAAGGCAAACGAUUGGUUUCCUGCCAUUGUUUCUUCCUGUUGACAGCCAAGUUCUACUGGAUGCUCACUCUGAUGCAGAGGACUCACGGCCAGGAGUAUGCCCACUCCAUUCGCCUGGAUGGGGACAUCAUCCUGGGAGGACUGUUCCCCGUUCAUGCAAAAGGGGAUAGAGGGGUGCCUUGUGGGGAGCUCAAGAAGGAGAAGGGGAUCCACAGACUAGAGGCAAUGCUGUAUGCAGUUGAUCAAAUUAAUAAAGAUCCCGAUCUUCUUGCCAAUAUCACCUUGGGUGUCCGCAUCCUCGAUACGUGUUCCAGGGACACUUAUGCAUUGGAGCAGUCCUUAACAUUUGUGCAAGCGUUGAUAGAAAAAGAUGGUUCAGACGUCAAGUGUGCAAAUGGUGACCCACCUAUUUUCACUAAGCCAGACAAGAUAUCAGGUGUGAUAGGUGCUGCAGCAAGUUCUGUGUCCAUUAUGGUCGCAAAUAUUUUGAGACUCUUUAAGAUACCUCAAAUCAGCUAUGCAUCCACAGCUCCCGAGCUGAGCGAUAACACCAGGUACGACUUCUUCUCCCGGGUGGUGCCGCCAGACUCGUACCAAGCCCAGGCCAUGGUCGACAUCGUGACAGCCCUGGGGUGGAACUACGUCUCCACGCUGGCUUCCGAAGGCAACUAUGGCGAGAGCGGCGUGGAGGCGUUCACGCAGAUCUCCAGAGAGAUUGGAGGUGUUUGCAUUGCUCAGUCACUCAAAAUCCCUCGGGAACCAAGACCAGGAGAAUUUGAAAAGAUCAUUAAGCGCUUGUUGGAAACUCCAAAUGCUCGAGCGGUGAUCAUGUUCGCGAACGAAGAUGAUAUUAGGAGAGUACUGGAAGCAGCCAAAAAAGCGAAUCAGUCUGGACAUUUCCUCUGGAUUGGCUCAGACAGCUGGGGGUCAAAAAUUUCACCAGUCCAGCAGCAGGAGGAGAUUGCUGAAGGAGCAGUAACCAUUCUACCCAAAAGAACAUCCAUAGAUGGAUUUGAUAGAUAUUUUCGGAGCAGAACACUUGCUAACAAUCGAAGAAAUGUCUGGUUUGCAGAAUUUUGGGAGGAGAAUUUUGGAUGCAAGUUAGGAUCACAUGGAAAAAGAAAUAGCAAUAUCAAGAAAUGCACAGGCUUAGAAAGAAUUGCGAGAGAUUCAGCCUAUGAACAAGAAGGAAAAGUUCAGUUUGUCAUUGAUGCAGUGUAUUCCAUGGCCUAUGCCCUGCACAACAUGCAUAAAGAUCUCUGUCCUGGAUAUAUUGGUCUGUGUCCAAGGAUGAGCACAACUGAUGGAAAAGAACUGCUUAGCUACAUCCGGGCAGUAAAUUUUAAUGGGAGUGCUGGAACACCUGUUGUUUUCAAUGAAAAUGGAGAUGCUCCUGGACGCUAUGAUAUUUUUCAGUAUCAAAUCACCAACAAGAGUACGGAAUACAAAGUAAUUGGUCAGUGGAGUAAUCAACUUCAUCUAAACGUAGAAGACAUGCAAUGGGCUAACAGAGAACACACUCAUCCAGCAUCUGUCUGCAGCCUGCCCUGCAAAGCUGGGGAGAGAAAGAAGACGGUGAAGGGAGUGCCCUGCUGCUGGCACUGCGAGCGCUGCGAGGGCUACCACUACCAGGUGGAUGAAUUCAACUGUGAACUCUGUCCCAUCAACAAGAGGCCAAAUGCCAACCGCACGGAUUGCCAGCUUAUCCCUAUCAUCAAGCUGGAGUGGCAUUCUCCUUGGGCCAUCGUGCCUGUCUUCAUCGCUAUUCUCGGGAUAAUCGCCACCACCUUUGUGAUUGUGACAUUUGUCCGCUACAACGACACGCCCAUCGUCAGGGCCUCUGGGCGGGAGCUCAGCUAUGUGCUCCUGACUGGGAUUUUUCUCUGUUACUCCAUUACUUUUUUAAUGAUUGCAGCUCCUGACACAGUGGUCUGCUCAUUUCGAAGGAUCUUUUUAGGACUCGGCAUGUGUUUCAGCUAUGCUGCGCUGCUCACCAAAACAAACAGGAUUCACAGAAUAUUUGAACAAGGUAAAAAAUCUGUCACAGCUCCCAAAUUUAUUAGUCCAGCUUCUCAGCUGGUGAUCACUUUCAGCCUCAUAUCCUUCCAGCUUAUUGGAGUCUUCAUCUGGUUUGCUAUCGAUCCACCACACACCAUUGUAGACUAUGGAGAGCAGAGGACACUUGAACCAGAAAAUGCCAGAGGAGUUCUCAAAUGUGACAUUUCAGAUCUUUCUCUCAUUUGUUCCCUUGGAUAUAGUAUUCUCUUGAUGGUCACAUGCACUGUUUAUGCUAUUAAAACAAGAGGGGUUCCAGAGACCUUCAAUGAAGCAAAACCUAUUGGAUUUACUAUGUACACAACCUGCAUAAUUUGGUUAGCUUUUAUUCCAAUCUUUUUUGGUACUGCCCAAUCAGCAGAGAAGAUGUACAUCCAGACAACAACACUGACUAUCUCCAUGAGUUUAAGUGCUUCUGUGUCUCUGGGCAUGCUCUACAUGCCCAAGGUUUAUAUUAUCAUUUUUCAUCCAGAGCAGAAUGUUCAAAAACGGAAGAGGAGCUUCAAGGCUGUGGUGACAGCUGCUACAAUGCAAAGCAAACUGUCACAGAAAGGAAAUGACAGACCAAAUGGAGAAGUCAAGACUGAACUGUGUGAAAGUCUUGAAACCAACACCUCCUCUACCAAGACAACUUAUGUCAGUUACAGCAAUCAGGCAAACUGAGCAGGGAUGAAAUUCACUGGAAGAUCUGCAGGACUGGAUCUUGCAAACAUAGACUUUACCACCACCAGAAUUCAGUCUUGAAAAUAUCAGUAGUCUACAUUCAAAUCAAUAGUCAGUCUCCUAAAGAACAAGGAUUAAACACAAGCAAAAGGCAAAAAGAGACAGGGGAAGGAAAAGUCCAGUUUUAUACCAUAGAGACAGAGUGUCAAGCUUCUGAACUGUUCACUCACAAAAGGAAGCAAAUCACAAAUGGAAGCAAAUCACAAAAGGAAAACAAAUGUUAGCUUGUGAAAAAAAAUGCUGUUGAAAUAAAUCAUGUCUGAUGUUAUAUUUGUAAGUACUUUUUUGUGAUUGUGACAAUUUCCUUUCCUGUCCUACAUUGUUCAACUCGUAAAAGAAGAUGAGUUUGUUUCUUGUGACGGCUGACUGAAUUAAGUCCUGGGUUAUGCUAAAAUAAAUGCAAUGGUCAAUGCAUGCUAAUUUUUAUACAAAAUAAUUUAUUUCUAAUAAUAAAGGAAUGUUUUGCAAAUGUUGAGACUUGUUUUGUUGCAGUUUUAAGCAAAAAAAAGUCCUUACACUGUUGUCUAUUGUUUGUUUAGAAUGUGCAGUAAAGGUGGGUGUACAAAUAAAAUAAUAAUCAUGGCAUCAGAAGAAUGCAGUGUAAACUCUAAGCAUGUGUGUAUGUAUGCGUGUAUGUGUGCACCUGUGUGUGUACAUACGUGCAUGCCUGCCUGCAUGCGUGUGUGUGCGUACUCUGCAGUGUGUGAAUUUAUUUGUUCAAAGCUUUGUGACUAUAUUUUCUAAUGGAAGGAUUUUUUCCCCUCUUCUUACCCUCAAAGUAAGUUCAUUUUGUAUGUUUGUAAAGUAAAGGAGUCCUGAUAGUAAUUAUUUUGUAUGAUUGUAUUAUAUUUUUGAGUCUCCACUAAUAAUUUUGAUCCUUUUCAUUUCUGGAACUUACAGUUUGUAAGACUUUAUGACAGCUAGACUGGAUUAAGCUGAAAGUCUAUUCAGCCUAGUAUCCUGUCUCUGACAGGAGAAUGUAGCAGAUGCAUAUCUCAAUAAAGGUGACUUUGAAAUAACAGCAGAGAAAUCAAUGAAGAAUUUGGAAAGCAGUAGCCUAGUGAAUAUAUGUACUAUUGCCUUAUAAAUACUUACAAAUCAAAGAAAUAAAUGCCAAUCUACAAUCUAAUCUUCUUCACAUCUUCUAAUUCCCAUCAUUGUGUGAGGUUAGAAACAACUAUGCAAAGAGAAAGAGGAAAUCACAUUUAUAUCUAUUGUGUUAAUGAACCCCUCCAAAUAAUUAAAAAAAAUACAGAUAGUUACUGUCCCUUGUGUUACUACACCUGUGAUGGAUGUUCUGUAAGACUUUUUUGCUCCAUACAAUACCUACCAUUCAUCAAGUCAAUGGGUCCUCACAUGCAGCUCAUUAUUAAAUGUUAUGUCUCCUGACUUAGCCUGGAUGCCUCCUUGUGAUUUUAUCCUCACAGCAGACGUUUUAUUAUAACAUAUCUUAAGGGAGCCAUGGUGGGUC